AGCGGGCGCGGCUGUUUACAGGUCCGGCAAGUUGCGUGUGUCUGCGAUAAAAAGACAUCUGAGGACAUCUGCAAGGAUGUGGCCGCUUUGGGGACUGGACCUGAACCGGGUGCGCUGUGACCUGCUCUUCACAGAAGCCAUCAACCAAAGGAUGCAGGUUCCCAACAGGCUGAAGGUGGCAGAGAGCUGCAGCCCUGGGGACAGGAGGACAGGGACAGAGGAUGUCCCUGCCUCCUUUCGGAUGCACAUCCCUGAUAGGAUUUCUCUGGCAGAGAUAUCAGACACCAGUUUGAGGCCAGUCGUGCUGACCCAGCCAAGGAAGGUCCCCUCUGUGGUGGUGCAUGUGUCCCCAGACCCCUCUGGGGACGUCCCUUUGCUGCCCUCAGCCAGCAGAGCCAGCGCACAGCGACGCAAGCGAUCGGGCCAUCACAGCACCAGGUCACGGAGGGACAGGACCAUGAGUGACUGUGCCCAGCUGGCCUUGCACAACCCAGGACAGCAGCACGAGGGGCCAGACUCGUGUCCCCUGCCUGCUCCCAGUGUCCCACUCCCCUUCCUCACAGAGGCAGGCAGGAUCUACUCCAUGCAGAACAUCUUCCAGACCAUGUACCUCCUGGGCCAGGUGCUCUUCCACCGUGUCCAGGACUCUCUGCGAGACCCAGCACAGUCCAGCGCCCAGGAGCCCAUCCCAGCUGCAGAGAGCGCCUUGGAGGAGGCUGGGGUGACAGAGGUGGCAGUGAUGAGAAGGCAGCUGGUGAGGAUCUCGGGGAGGCUGCGUGUGCUGGAGGAGCAGUGCCAUGCCUGGAGGCAGAAGGAGGCCCUGCUGUACUCUCUGAUGAUCUCUGCUUGCCUCUUCAACACGUGGCUCUGGCUUAGAAGAUGACAGCCCCUGGCCAAUCCCCCCUGCUCACCCUGGCAGAGUGGGUGAGGGCAGGCAGAGGAGCAUUUCUCAUGUAU